AAGCCCCGAACUCAUAGAGGAAAUAACAACUGGUCACCCAAGUGAGGAUCUGGAGGAAUGCCUCGACAAUAACGGAACCCUAAAGAUCAAAAAUGAUAAGAGCAACAAUAGUAAAGAGAAAGAUAAUGCUGGAGAAUGCUUUGAAGAAAAUGAUCAACCAUUACAGAUAAUUGAAACCAAGGAGAAAGACAUACUAUCACGCGAAACAACUUUGCGGACAAUGAAUCAGACCCUGGAGAUACUCGGCCGGAGAUGA